UGAUUUUGUUCAUAUACAGCGUAUGUGUUGAUAAAAUUCGAUUUAAACCAUGAAUCCUGAUAGUACAGAAAAUGAUCUCUUAUCAACAAACCAUUGGUUCUGUAAAUUUGUUUAUAUAAAAUGAGACUGCCCUCUGUAGCUUAGCAGCUACAUAACAAGCUGAUUCAUGAUGUCAACAUUGUCCCCCUUAUAAACAAACCACGAUGUAAACAUUGCCCAAUACUAACACGCUGAUGGAACCAUUCUGAUAUAUACAAAACGAUUUAAAACAAAGCUAAGACUAGCUUUUCGGUAUGGCAUCCGGCAGUGAAGAUGUUGCAGACUCUGUAAAGAGGAGUCUGAUAGUGGAUGAGGCGGCGUUUGAAGAACAAUUCUUACGGUGCCACAUCUGUAAUGAGAAGUACAACCAGGUGGAACGGCACCCAAAGUCCCUUCCGUGCAACCACACCUUCUGUCUCCCGUGUUUAAAGCAAGUCUUUGAUCAUAACCAACAAAACGGCCGGAGCAGACGACAAAUUGCGUGGUUUGACGAUACGUACGAAGGCGUUUUAAAGUGUCCGGAAUGUAGGGUGGAGAUCUUUCUUAGUCGUACUGAAAUAGACUCUCUUCCAUCCGAUCAUCGAGUCAUUCAGAUGAUGGAUUUCCUGUCUCAGGUUUCGGCCAAGUCGCAGAAUGUAUGUCCGAAGCAUGAAAACCAACCGUUGAACUUUUUUUGCAAGAAAUGUUUGCUCCCUGUUUGCAGGGACUGCACUGUUUUAGAUCACAAGGAAGGUCAAGGCCACAAUAUUGUUGACGUUUCGGAGGCUGUCAAUGAGAGCAAAGAAAGUUUCGAUAAGAUUGAUCAAAGUAGCAAGCAACUACUAGACAAAAUGAAAGGCCGUACAGAUGGGUUGGCGAACGCAUCGAAACAGCUUGACCUGCUCGAAAGGCAACUCCGGGGGACCAUUAAAGACACAUUCAUCGAAUACAGAUUGCUGCUUGAAAGGCGACAAGAGGCGCUGAUCAAGAUCCUAAAGGACACAAUCAAGGAACAGAAGACCACAAUAAAUUCGCGCUUUGUGGAAAUCGCGACGCAGGGAUCUACGUUACAGAAGCUACACGACCAGUUUCAGAAAGCAAGGUCUGUUAAUGAUUUGAAGAAACUGUUCGAAAUACAACAAGAAAUCAAAGAGAAGGAAUCCGAAUUCAAAGUUACUGCUGACGCCAAUGACGACGAACUCUUCGUUACAUGCAAAUUUGAUGUUCCUAAUGAAUGCCAGUUUCUGUCCGAGAUGAGUGGUCUAGGAGAGGUUACUACAUGCGAAGACCAGAAUCUACGUAACCCAGUACCGGCCCAUCAGCUGGUCCUCCUGGACAGUAUGGAGGUUCGACAACCACACGCAUACAUCCCAGAUUACCCAGAAGAACAACGUGAGGAGCCAAAUGAGGAACCGUCCUCAGUGGGUCGGUUGAGGCGACAACUGCAGAACACUUCAAUUACAGCGCCUUACGCUACCGACGAUGAUUAUGAGGAACAAGAUGAGGACACCAGAGAGGCUAUUGCAUCGUCAUACUUAAUGCGAAUUGCAUCCCGAUUAAAUCAAAGCGCUGCUGAUAUGGCUGAAGUCCUGCGCACAGCUAACACAGAUGACGAUACAAACAUGGAGGCGGUAUCUCCUCCACGCAGUCGCAACACGACCUCCUCUAGAUCACGACGAUCGACCCAAAACGUGAGGGUAGUGAGGCAUCCCUCGUCAUCCUCCGGAGGUCAAAGGACAGAGCAACAAGAGCAAAGUCACGCAUACCCACAGUCAUCAUCAUCUCGUUAUAGGGAUUCGAACUCAGAUCGUUAACCAUUAUAGAAAAAACAAUCAAAUCGGAGCAUAAGGACGCGUGUCUGUCGUCAAGUUCUAUAGACAAAAAUAAUUUUAAAUGAGGCUGUUUGUAGAAAAUUGUGUUGGCAUUUUUUGUCCUUGGGAUUUGAUUGAUAGUUGUGAUGGAGUAAUUCACAAAUGAAAUGGAAAUUACACAGAGCGGAAUUUCGUUUUGUUCAUAGCCAAGUGCACAGGACCGUUUGAUAUCCAGGCUUAUAACAUGAUUCACAAAGUGACUUAAAGGACAAGUGAUAUCAUAUUUUACAGAAUUAACAUCUUAAUUUUUUGUAGAAAAAUAAUUUUUAGUAUGUCAAAAAUGAUUUUAGAUGUGUUUUAAAUGAAAUAUUUUGCGUAGUUUUCGAGUUUGAAAACGACGAAAUUAUCUUGCGACAUUUUACGCGCCAUUAUGUAUGACGUCAUAUGCGACCUCGAGCUCUGCUCAUAGUAUUAUGAGAGUGUAAGACACAAAGGAUAUAUCGUUAUUUUGAAAAUAUUUGUUGCCUAUCUUGCAGUAUUGGAUGCACAUCAUAUUGCUUAAUGUCUUUCAUAACUUUGCAAACGCAAAAAGUAUAAUUAGCGCCCAACGACCUGCUAUUAUAUGUACAUGUAAUUUUCAUUUAUUCCAUUUUUCAUUGAUGCUUAACGUUUAGCUUGAAUUGCAAAAAAAGUUUCAGCUGAACAUUGUGUGUAAUAUCACAAAAAAUUGUCGUAAAACAAUUGUAUUUAGUGUUAUACACUAGACUUAAUUGAUGUUAUAUGUGAGCUGGGAUUUUCUCUCUAGUUUUGUGUACAGAAUUGUCUCUGUGAAGAAUGGCUGCUCGGGGCUAUCCAGCUGAUGCUGAAAACCAUCAUUGUUGAUAGACUUGCUUUUUCACGCUGUGCAUUUAUUUAGCAUGGUCAUCUCGAUCCACUUUCAUCAUACCAGUAACAUACAUUUGGCGCCAGGCUCCAUGACGCCUUUACAUGUUAUUUCUCAGGGUUGCUGAGCAUGCAUUUAUAUCAGAUUUUGAUUACAUUUACAUCAGACUUUGAUUAAACCUCUGAAUGAUA